AAGACUCACUGUUUAAUGAAAUUUCUAUGGCUUACAAGAUGGCCGAUGAUCGUAUUGGAAACCUGAAGGCGAUGAAGGCCGGAAAGCGGUGAAGGUCUUGCGAUAUCGGCGAUGACUAGGCCAAAGCACGGCCUGGUUCCAGCAGCGUCGAUGAUGAUGAUGGAUGGUGAAAUCCAAGUGGCGAUGGUAACGAGAUGAUACAAUCCAGGCGGCAAUGCUAGUGAGAUGAUAGAGUCUUCCGGGGAUAAUGAUGGAUGAUUCGUUCGUGGGAUUAUGAUGAUGAUAGAUGGAUAAAGGGAGAUGAGAUAUUAAGGGAAAAUGGCGAUGAUAGGUUUGUGACCAUCAAAGGAUGGGGCGAUUCUAAUGUCAAUACGCGAACAUUCGCGUGGCGAUAAAUGUUUAGAGCAAAUCAAUAGCCGGGCGAUCUUACACGGUGGUUAAUUACUAUCGUGCAACACUUAGGGGAGAUGACAGGACGAUAGGAGAUGUGCUCGCUCCGAUAGCUGACGGAGAAGAGGAGCCCAAAAAAGGCCGGAAGGGAUGGGUUUUUGAGGAAAAGGAGGGAAGUGUGUUAUGAUUGGUGGACUUCCAGAAGAUAGGGGUUGUAGAUAGAGGGGUACAGUGUAUACAAAUCGGGCGCUUCGGUGACGGAGACGCACCCGAACACCUACACUGAAUGUUCUCUUACCGCUACAAAGUCACAAGUUUCACUUGCCAUCGCCUCGUAUCAGAGAAGUAAUUUUGUUUCAGGGAGAACCCGUAACAUCUAAACAAUACCGCCGCGAUAUGUAGGGCUACACCUGGACCAAAAGUUAACAUGGGAAACACAUUUAAAAAACGUCGCAUGGACUCGGCAUCGAAUGUACGCACUAAAAAAUCUCGCCAGUAAACCAUCCCUCUCCACGUAAAGCGACUCAUAAUGAUCAUAAGCCUAUAUGGCAAUACGAUUGCACCAUAUUCUCAUAUCUAUUCACAACUUAAAACGGUGCAAACUUUUAAGAACCGUAUACCCGGUUAAUAACAAAUGCUCCGUAGUAUGUUCAGAACGAAACUAACCACAAAGACUUUGAACAUUCCAUUCAAAACGGUGGUCAAGAACACCUACAAUCGACACUACCGGUCCAUCAAGGCGCACCCCAACCAACUGAUGCAAGAAAUUAACCAGAGCCAACCAACUCUAAGAUCACAAAGACGAUUGAAAAUGAAGACACACCGACCUUGCACCAUCCUCAAAUAAUUAAUUAUUGCAACCUGUUACCGAAUUUAUUAAUAAUCUUAAAGUGAGGAACGCCGCUGGGAGUUCGUUUUCACUACAUGUUUCAAGUGCUAUUUUAUAUUUAGGGUACCAUCACAACUGUAAUGUGUUUUACUCAAUAAAGUUUAAGAAAACGAAAAUAAAUACUUGACACACUAUUGUAAUCUAUAGUUUGGUCUAUUCUGAUCAAUUUGGUCUCCUAAUCCUCUCUGUUUUAAUCUGUCAAACUGGUUUCGGCAUUUUGUAAUUUUCAGUGCGUGGCAUCAAGGUUGUAAGAGGGAGAGGAACAUACUAUGAUCCAGCAGCAUAGGAAGACAAAAAUGAUCGGAGUUAUCUGUCGCUGUGGGUUUUUGUCUGUGUAUUGAAUUAUUUUCGAUUAAAGAUAACGAAUCAAUCAUGAAAACAAAACAGCUAUGGCAAACUCAUAUGUUACCAUUAUAUUUAUACUCGAAUUUUGUUAAUCUUUUUAGGUUAGUGUUUUGGUGAAAUGGGCGAAAAGGAGGACGCUGGCCAGCCUAAAACGACGAGGCGCCAGUCGGCGAAGAGACGGGCAUCCGCGAAGAGGGGAUCUGUGGCCAGGAGGGCAUCGGCGAAACGCGGAUCUGUGGCUAGGCGGAUAUCGAAAACGAAUGCGAAGAAGCAAGGGAAAUACAAAAAGCAAUCUGGCCCAAUCACAGAGGAGGAAAAAUGCGAGACCAACUUCCUCAAGUUCAUCGUGCAGUCUAUCGAGAACGUUAUACUGCCGACUUACCCGGCAGAAGUCAAUAUAUUGAUGCAGUUCAACAACGAACUCAUCGGCUCCGUUUCGACAGUUGUGAAAUCUAGAAGCGAUUUCGACAUCAACGAGGAAAUCAUGUUCCGCAUACCUGGGAAAACGCUUUCAGACGUUGACGAACUAAUGAGGAUCCCAUUUGUCUUCACUGCGAUAGCCAGGAAAGUGAGCAGAGCUCAAACAAGUUCUGAAAUGAACACUAAAGGAGAUGGAAGUACGCAUAAAAGGAGACAAAGCGCUAAAGGCAGCACCAGGAGGCAGAGUGCUAAAGGUGGUGGUGGGAGAAGGCAGAGUUCCAAAGCGGGCAGCAGGAGACAGAGUGCGAAGGGUGGCAGCAGGAGGCAGAGCGCCAAGGGUGGAAGCAGGAGGCAGAGCGCCAAGGGUGGUGGUGGCAGCAGGAGGCAGAGUAGUAGAAAGUCCGUCGCCCGUAGAGCAUCUACCAAAGGGGAAAGUGGGAAACAAGGUGUUAAAGUGGCACAAAGCCCAGGCAAAGCUGGCGGGGGCGGAGGUAGUGAUGUAAAAUUACCCCUACUCCUUGGUGAAGGAAAUCUCGAUAUCCUACCACUUAUUAAAGGAGAAAAACACCAGUUUGAAGUGAUACUUCUUGAGUCUUCUGAGAAGCCAGCCGCCCCAAUGCGGGGUGGUUCAUUAGAUCAGAAAUCAAUCCAAGAAUUAAAGAAAAAAAAAGAUGAAUUGCAGAACAAGGAUAGCUUGAUGAAUACGGCCGAGCCCACGACAGUAGUGCAUCCACCGAUGUUGUUGAUCCCUAGGAUAAAAGUCAUGGCUGUCAAUGUCGAUAACUUCAACGAUGAUGUUCCACCUUUGGCGAAUUCAGUCAUGUUCACUAUCGAGACGAUCCAAAACUGUAUAUUGCCCGACACGGAUCCCAAUUCGGUUUUCCGUGCUACAAUACCGUUUCUUUAUCCCCCGGAGCAUAACGAUGAAGAUGUCGUCAUAAAACGGCACGAAUUCUACGCAGAAGGCCUAGAGGAAACUAACAGUACCGUACGCUUCAAAAAGUGGUCGACGAUAGGACCGCCUUUGUAUGGGCCUCCGACUCUUUCAAAAUACAGACUGGGAGACGGAGUGUAUGACAUUAAAAACUGCGUGCCCAACUGCAACUUGAAAUCUGUCAUCAACGGUAAUUCGCCGAGAUUAAACUGGAAUGAAAUGAGAAGAACUUACCUCAGUAAAGAGUCAGAAGCGUAUUUUUACGAGGCGGUAAAGAAGUAUCGCGUAUGGCCAAUCGAAUUUAGAAUCAACCCGCCAGGCUCUAUGCCUAUCAUGAAAAGAAUCGAUAUAAAAGCGUUUCAGAGGAAUACAACAGUAGCAACGGAAAAAGGCGAGCCUAAAAAAUCAUUGACCAGGAAGUCGCUUGCGAAAAAGUCAAUCGCGAAGAAAUCCAUAUCGUCCAAGGUUUCCAGAAAGUCAGUUGCAAGAAGGCAGUCCGCCAAAAAGUCAAUAUCGCGAAAAUCCCUUUCAAGGAAGUCAGUAACAGGAAAAUCGCCAGUAGGAAAGUCAGCCUCUAAAGAAAUCCAUAAAACAAAACAAGAGGAUGAAAAAGAAAUACCGACCUUUAUAGCGUAUGCAGACAUAUCAAAUUUACUUUAUCCAGGAGUCACCUCGACAAGAGUGGCCUGUCCGCUAUUGAUGUUUCAACAAACGGAAUUCAACCAAAGGUGGGUAGUGUUAAAGCCGCGAGUGGAAAACAAAACAUCUGCGAAAGAGGAGGUAAAAGACGGCAUAGCCGGCAAAAGGCACAGUUCUAGAAAGAGCGUUGCCGGGGGUGGAAGAAAAAAAAGCACAACAGGAGCCGCUAGGAAGAGCGUAGCCGGGGGUGGUAGGAAGAAGAGCACAACAGGAGGUGCCAGAAAGAGCGUAGCCGGUGCUGGUCGGAAGAAGAGCACAACCGGUGGCGGGAGGAAAAGCGUUGCUGGAGGCGGAAGAAAGAGCGUUUCUGGAGGCGGAAGAAAGAGCGUUUCUGGAGGCGGAAGAAAAAGCGUAGCGGGAGGAGGGAGGAAGAGCAUAGCUGGCGGCAAGAAGGGUAAUGAAGCAGUCCAAAAGAAGGAUAACCAAACCGAUACAGAACCGUCCGCAGUGAAUCCCGAAGGAGAACCCCCAGUAGAAGAACCGAUUCAUGAAAUAGUGCCCUCUGUACCAGUAUUUACGCCGUAUGGGAAGAAGAUAUUUGUUAUUGUUGAAGUCAGUCUUCUGAAACCAUUUGUAGAAAAGAAGACGACAAAAGAGUUAGACGAUGAGAUAAAAAAAAUAUUACCGGAAAAAAUCGAAAAAGAACCGCCUGUAGCCCCAAAACGAUUAAAAGCGUUUAACAACGGGAUAUUCGACCUAAUGGACAUUGUACAAGAAGAGCACAAAGUCUACGUUAACAACAACAUUAAACUAGGAAGGCGCGGAGACUAUUUUGACGAGGCGGAAUUCUGGAAGCACUUAAAUGACAGUGGCACGCUUGCUAAAGUGCAGCCGGAGGUGCAGGAGCUAGUCACAGAUUUUGCCGUGACCGUUGUCGGUCCAGUCGAUGAAAACUUUACAGAAAGACAAUUGAAGGCUUACGCAAUGACUACCUAUAAAAAACUCAUGGAGAAAGUCAAUGCUGUAAUCAACGGUCUCGAUGCCCACACCGUUUUUAAACCUAACAAAACUUAUGUUGAGAAUCCUUCUGAAGAUAACAUCCGGCUUUACGUCGCGGAAGCUUGUGAGGAGCUGAAUCAAAGAAGGGCGAAUAUACUGCAGAAAACAAUCGUAGAGGUAAAUGGAGAGCCCACGACGUCUUGGUGGCGAGAUUACGUAGCGAUUGCUUUGUAUUUCGAUGACAGAAGCGAAGCGCAAGUCGGUUUGAAGCAGUUGUUAAACAUCGACCGAAAGGAUAAACACGGCUUGCUGCUGUACGCAGCACAAAUGGCCAUGUCGGGCAAUACAGAACAGGCCGAACUAUACUUCAGCUCGCUUGUCGAGAACCACCCUCGCUUUUUCCUCGGUUGGGUCGGAUUUCACAUAUUCCACCUUCUCCUCGAAAACGAGGAAGGAGCCAGCAUCAAUUUCAUCAAAGGGUUCGAAGCGAUGGUCGAUAUGGAAAGCAUCCCUGACGAUAGGUGUGAGUACUUUCUAAGCUGGACCCCCCAGUACAGGAGCGCCGAUAGAUUGUACAUAAACGCCGCCAUCGGUUUUCUAAAAUACAAACUGCCGGAGUUCGCCUCCAUAUGCUUAAUGGAAGAGCUGGAAAAGUCUGAAAAUAGCGCAUUCCAGUGCCACUACUACCUAGGCGUCACGCACUACUUUUUAGGAAACUAUGAGGAAAGCAUAGAACACCUGGAUAAAGCGUCUAAAUUAAAGUGGGAGGAGGAAGCUGUCUGGAGCCUCCUUGGGCAUAGCUACUAUCGUCUCGGUGACGAAAAAAACGCCAUGGACGCGUACAAUUUCGCAGUAAACAUCGCUAAAGAUUAUUCGAAAUUGGGUCUAAGCUACAACAGAAUGGGUUAUUUUCAUCUGAAAAAUGAAGCAUUCCAAGAGGCGAAGGAUGCUUUCAAGAGAGCCGCCGUCAUCCAGAGAACGCCAGGAAACUGGUUGGGCCUGGGGAUCACCUUUUUGUCGUUGGGGGAGUUUGAAAAUGCGGAAAUAGCUUUGGCCGAAGCGAACAAGAUGGACCCGCAGUACCCCGAGAUAUGGGCGUACCUGGCUUUGGUCAACCUGCACAAGAUCAAUUACGAACGCUACUCCCAAUGCAUAUUCCAGGCUAAAAGGCACGGAUUGAAAGAUCCUGACAUAAUCCAGAAGCUCGAGGAUAUGCGCAGAACCACGCUCUGCUUGAACGACAACCUCCUGGAAGGGCCUGAAAACAUUUUCGACUCUACGUACGUCGUCAAGACAGAAAUCCCAGCCACCCCUGCUAAUACAAGCGAUUAUCUAAUGAUAUUCACUCCGAGAAAAGUCGAAUCUUGUUUGGUUGAACCAGAUUGAUUUUAUUAUCAACAAAAAUAAAUAA